GCGAUCUCCUGGGCAGGCUGGGAGAUGUUGUUCCUGCCUCUCCGGGGAACGGAAGUGACGUUGAGUGGGAAGGACAAGCCGGGCUGUGAGCGCGCGCGGGGCGCUGUGGCUCUGCCUGGCUCGUGCAGGGCCAUUGCAGCCUCUCCCGGGGCUGGAGAAGAGGCUACAGAAUAAUGUCCACGUUUCACUCCAAAUUAUCCCCUCCUCCCAGCAGGAAGGAAAUGGCUGCAAUGGAGCUGGCUCAGGGGCCGGUGACUUUUGACGAAGUGGUUGUGUAUUUCACCAGGGAAGAGGGGGCUCUGCUGGACCCCACUCAGAGAGCCCUCUACAAGGAUGUCAUGCAGGAGAACUAUGAGACGGUGGUCUUUCUGGGGUUUCCAGUUUCCAAACCUGAUGUGAUCUUGCAACUGGAACGAGGGGAAGAGCCAUGGGUCCCGGACCUCCAGGGCUCUGAGAAAGAAGUGUGCCCGAGAGCUGCCUUCACAGGUGAUUGGAUGGUGAGUGAGAAUGAGGAGCAGAAACCCCAGCAGGAAGAUGCUGAGCAAGUAGAACCACAUGGGACGUUAUCAGGAAGAUCCAAAGGGAAUGUUUCCGGGUGUUGUGCACUCCCAGAAAAAGCAAAAGCCUGUGAGACUCAGCAGAGGCCAGUGGAAAACUUUAGUAGCCACUCAGACCUUAUAACAUGCGAUAGAAUCAACUUGGAAGGGAGACACUUCACAUGCCAUGAGUGCGGGAAAAGUUUCAGUAGGAGCUCUGCCCUUAUCAGACAUCAGAGAAUCCACACUGGAGAGAAGCCCUACACGUGCUCUGAGUGCGGGAAAAGCUUCGGUGAUCAUUCAGCCCUCAUCUUACAUCAGAGAAUGCACACAGGAGAGAAGCCCUACACUUGCUUUGAGUGCAGGAAAAGCUUCAUUGAUAGUUCAAGCCUCAUCUCACAUCAGCGAAUCCACACAGGAGAGACACCCUACACAUGCUCUGAGUGCGGGAAAAGCUUUAAUCACAGCUCUACCCUGAGCAAACAUAGGAGAAGCCACAUGGGUGAGAAACCUUAUGGAUGCUCUGAGUGUGGGAAAAGCUUCGGUCAGCACUCAACCCUUAUCACACAUCAGAGAAUCCACACAGGAGAGAAGCCGUACAUGUGUUCUGAGUGCGGGAAAAGCUUUGGUCAGCACUCAACUCUUAUCACACAUCAGAGAAUCCACACAGGAGAGAAGCCGUACAUGUGCUCUGAGUGCGGGAAAAGCUUCGGUCAGUACUCAAGCCUUACCACACAUCAGAGAAUCCACACAGGAGAGAAGCCGUACACGUGCUCUGAGUGCAGGCAAAGCUUUGGGCAGCACUCAACUCUUAUCAAGCAUCAGAGAAUCCACACAGGAGAGAAGCCCUACACGUGCUCUGAGUGUGGGAAAAGCUUUAGUCGGCACUCAGCCCUUACCACACAUCAGAGAACCCACACAGGAGAGAAGCCGUACUUGUGCUCUGAGUGCGGGAAAAGCUUCAUUGAUAGUUCAAGCCUCAUCUCACAUCAGCGAAUCCACACAGGAGAGACGCCCUACACAUGCUCUUAGUGCGGGAAAAACUUCAAUGAUCGCUCAAACCUUAUCACACAUGAGAGAAUCCACACAGGAGAGACGCCCUACACAUGCUCUUAGUGCGAGUAAAGCUUCAAUCAGAGCUCAAACCUUAUCAUGCAUCAGAGAAUCCACACAGGAGAGAAGCCUUACACAUGCUCUGAGUGUGGGAAAAGCUUCAAUCGGAGCUCUGACCUGAUUAUACAUCGGAGAAUCCACACGAGUGAGAAACCUUAUGAUUGCUCUGAGUGUGGGAAAAGCUUCAAAAAGAGCUCACACCUGAUUAGACAUGAGAAAAUCCACAUGAGAGAAAUGUAACACAUGCCUUGAUUAGGGCUGGGCAAAGAUUUUUUUUUUUUAAAUCACAUUUGCUAAUUCCCACAUAGUGAUUUUUGCACCAUCUUCACUGUGGUCUCUCAGGUCCACCAGAUGAGUUGCCUGCUUCUGCCUUUUGCAUCUCACCUUCUUUGGGGUCAGUCCUGUGAUCUUUUCUAUCACCUCCUUUCCUUUUGAGUCAUAGGAGUCUGUGUCCCUCCAGCCAGGAAUGUUCAUCAGCUCCAGGUGGGAGAGAGAGGUUUGAUUCCCAACAAGAUACACUGAAGCAAAAACUACCUGUGCCUUACAUCCACUAGGACUGUACAUGGCGUUGGCUGCUCAAGUUAGUGAUCUUGGUGUAAAAAAACCAUGAUAGUUGUAGUGCAGAUGCAGCCCACGUGCCGUGGUUGGCAUUAGCUUUCCCUUUGACCUGACCUAAACUUCAUCACUUUUCCUUGUCUAAACUGUGAUUAAUGUGCAUAAGUGUUGUCAAGUAGUGUCAGGCUAAGCACCGUUAGGCCUCAACCUUCUGGAAGUUGUAAGAAGUGAAUACAGUUGAAUCCUGCAAGCAUAAGCAAAAUCU